CCGCCGAUCGCGCCGCACGUACCCAGUUAGAGCUCUACUCGGGCUGAACUGGCGUCAAAUUCACGCAAAUACACUGCAUAGUGUUUCUCUGAAUUAGCGCGUCCUGGAAUAGUUCCAAGUUGUGUGAAGAUUCCGUGGUAAAGUGCCGGCGGGAUUUAGUCGACAGUUUGACGCGGAUUUACUUCCUGCAUCCGAAACGUCACGUCAGUGAAGUUGCCGGUGCCUGCAGAGAUAACAGGCAGUUUCCUUGGCGGCAGCGAACGCGACUCCGCUUCAUCGUGCUGCGUGCGCGCUGCACUUCGAACACUGCGCGCCGCCUGGCCGACGCCCGCACCGCUACAAGAACGCUCGGACACCACACACGACUGUCAAAGUUUCAGGCUCGCGAGUCAGCUGUCAAGCCCUUGCACAUGGUGCGCGAGCGCCCCUCCCGCGCCCGCCUGCCCGCCCGCCCCCGCCAUGCCGCACGUCGAACCUGCGCGCGCAGGCGCCUCGCCCGGCCUGCUGCGCCGACGAUACUCCGUGCCAGAGACCAUCAUGAGGAAAUACCGCUUAGCUCAACAGAGUAACGAGACGGAGGAGCCGUGCGCCGCCACGUCACCGUCGUCGGCGGCGUGCGGCGGCUGCGUGCGCAGCGCGCACCCCGACCGCGAGCUCAUGCGCAAGUCCGCGCUGCUGCGGCGCCUGUGGGGCCGCGCGCCUCCGCCCGCGCCCGCGCAGCGCACUUCGCGCUCGCUGCACGGCUCCAGCUCCGAGCUGCGCCGCUCGCCCGCCGGCUCGGGCUGGGCGACGCCGAAGCGCCAGCGACUGGAGUGGACCCCGCGCCUCGUGUCCCCCCCGGCGUCGCCGGGCGCGUCCCCCCCGUGCUCGGACUGCACGUUCGCGUCGCACCGCGCGCGCUCGCCCGCCGCGCCGCGCGACGUGUUCGCGCGCUACUCGCACAUGGCGAACGACGCGGCACGCUCCUCCCCCGACUCAACGGCGACGCCGUCGGAAUCGCUGCCCACCGCGCUGCCGGUGCCGGCGCCCAUCCCGGUCCCGUACGUCGCCGAGGUCGACGUGGACCGCUAUAGCAGUCUACCUUUCGACAUGUUGACCACCGCCGGCUCCCCGCCGUAUGAAGUGCUCGAGAUCGUCGUGUCCGAGACGGUGGAGGCGCCGCGCGCUCCGGAAUCGAGCAGUCCAUCGCGGAUGAACGCCAGCUCCAGCCCCGCGCGCGGCCGCGCCUGCAACAUCAACAUCGACGAGUACGUCUCCAACAUUCUAGUGGAGAGCCUCAAUUCCCUCUCGGAGCAGUUGGAGAACAUGAGCGCGGCAGUGGGUGGUGCCGGGGUCGUCGUCGAGAAGGAGAUCAAAGUGCGGCUGCAGAACACCGGCGUCAACACCAUCGUCCACCUCAGCCCCACCUCUAACCACCAGAUCAUCUUCGGCAACGAGGAGUUGUGCCACACCGACAACGCGAAGCGCGAUGCGUGCAACAAUCCUCACUCGCCCUCGCUUCCCUCGCCGCCCUCCCCCGCGCCAGAGCCCAACAAUAACGAACCGGUGGAUUCGGUCAAUCGCGCCGUGCUGCAACAAAUCCAGAAGCUCUUCCACGAUGAGCUGUACCGGUUGGAGCCGGGCCCCUACCCCGGCGAGCCCACGCUGACCCAAAUCGAGUCUUCCAACGUGGACGCUUAUAUCGAACACCAUACGGACUCUAACUCGGAUUCACCCUCACUGACGGGGCUGGGCGUCGGCGCCGGCAACUACUGGGCGCGUGAGCCGGCGCUCGUGCCGCGGCUGUCGGCGCUGCCGCACUCCGCCUCCAUGGAGGUGAACACGUCGUCGUCGGAGGCGGAGCCGUCGGCGUGCCCGAGCCUGGUGGACAGUCUGGACGACCCCGCGUCCCCGCGCGCGCCGCCGCCCGCGCGCCGCCUGCAGCGCUCCGCCGUGGACGUGUUGGACUUGCUCCCGGAGGCGCCGCCGACGCGCGACAAGCCCGAAGCCUUCUUCGUGCGUAUAACUGACGAAGACUGUGAUUGCGACAAAGAAAACGUCGUCGUCGCCGAUCGAAUGCCCGACAGAAUCCGCGAGCGAUUGCUGCGGCGGCAUCGCAAGCGUGAGUUGCGGAUGGAGUCGCGCCGUGGCGGUGGUCAGGAAAAAGCGCGGCGGCGGGCCGCCGACCACGACGCGCGCGCCAUUGUAGCCGCGCUCGUUGACGAGCUCAUCGCUAAAAUCGCACAGGAAGAGUAUAAAUGUAUGCGCAUUCAUAGACGGCCGCGCACCGACCGGAACAAACCGACGAGAAACGGGAGUAGUCUUAUCGAAGAACAUAACGGAAGAAUAGAACGCGCUUUACACGGCAAGCUGUCGGUGCCGCCGCCCGACGCCCCUCGCCGUAUCUAUCAGAAAUCCGAGAUUCACGACGGCGACAAGUGUAUCGAGAUCCUCGAGAUCCUGGAGUACGUGGACGAUUCGCAGAAUUCCCCCGAGACGACGAACUCUGACGAGCAUUACAGUAACUCCAAAAGUAAAAAGUCUCGGAUCCCGAUACCUAUCUAUGAGAGAAUCCAGCGAACGACAAAAAGGGCGACAAAUCGUCCGCGUUCGCCGCCACCCCCUCCCUCGCCGUCGCCGCCGCCGUCUGCGCGGCGCGCGUCCGUCCCGCCGCCCGCGGAGCCGCGUGCGCGCGCCAGUUCGCUUCGCUUCCGCCGCGUGUUUGACAUCAUCCCUGAGGAGCGCGGCGCGGGGCCCCCGGAGUCGCCGCCCGCGUCCGAGGAGGCGCUGGCGCGGCGCGUGUCGGCCCCGAGCCUCCCGCUGCCGCCACCGCGCUCUGUGCGCAGCGCGGCGACGUCGCCGCCGGCGCCGCAGCGCGCGUCGCGCAGCACGAUGACGUCCCCGCGGCGCGCGGCUCCCUCGCCGCCGCCCGCGCCCCGCGUCGCGGCAGGUAUCGCGCUCGCUUGUGCCCCGUGCCGCUGACCCCGCACCGCACGCUUGCGUCCGACAGUGCUAGUGCCUUAUCUCACGAACGGUUUUGUUUCUUACGGUUGAUUCGACGUAGACACUAUUAUUUUGUAUGUAAUAGAGCGUAGACCGCCAUCGAAGUUGACUAUAUAUUUUUUACUCGCACCGAAGUUUUUAUCACGAAUAUAUAGAUGGACCGGCACGUAUAUUUAUUUGUACAUAGACGACAGAGUUGUAUCGAAGCUUUAUAAUAUCGUUAUGUAGUGGUAUAUUUAAUAAACGGUUGGAAUGAGAA